CAAUUUUACUUGUGAAAUUUUACAAAUUUUAUGGGAAUGGAAACCUUGGAAGCGUUCGCCGAGAGUGAACUAGAAAAGUUAGGGUUUGAAGGUGACCUGUCUGCUCUCGCCAAAUAUGUAAGUGCCUUACUUUCAGGAACUGAAACACCAGUUGAAGAGCAGAUGGAUAAGUAUGUGCAAGAUUUGGAAGAAUUUCUCGGCUCCAAUUCUGCUCCUUUUGUUGUCAAAGUUGUAGACAAGUACAAAGAGAUAUUUCACAAACCAGAAGACGUUAACAAACAAGUUGAAGAUAGUCAAGAAGUUGAACAACCUCAGAAAAGGUCGGAGAGUCGUAACCUUGGAAGGUUCGAACGACGGACAGGUGGUAAAAUGGGAAAUCGAAUAGGAACAGGGUCUACUAACAGUUCACAAAGAGAUAACUCUGUAAGAGAUUCCUUUCGUUUCAAGGAAAAGAAGACUUCGUUACAUAUCCGUUGCAUUCCGGAAGAGAAAAUGAACGACCAAACCAUACGAGACUAUUUUAAGCGUUUUGGGACUGUAACCGAAGUCCUUUUAUUGCCUCGUAAUACACCUUGUCGAGCUAUUGUGACUUUCGCUUCCGAGAAAGAAGCUUCUGAAGCUAUACUUUGUAGAGACGCUGUUUUGGGUGAUAGGUUUGUGAAGUUAUACUGGGCGCAUAAAGAGGACUUUGAGGACAAACCUGAACACUGGUUUGAGCGAAUUCGCACGAAUGGAGAUUUUCAACACCAGUGGAAGAAAUCUGGACAGUUUGAGCAACGACCUCGACCUUUUCAGUAUAGAAGACCUGCUUUUCCUACACAUGGGGGAAGAAGUCUUCACUGGAGUUCAGAUGCCUCUGAACAACAGCAAACUUUUCCUGCAGCAGCAAAACGGGAAAGGGAAAAUGACAAUACAGCAACUACUAUAGGUUUACCAGAAAAGCGUAGCAAAGUCGAGCAAGAAAGAAUUUUGAACAAGUAUUUGGAGAACAAGCGAUAUAUAUUACAACGUUUCGAGUCACUUAAAGAUAGUUUGAAGCCUGAACAAAAGAAAACAAUCUUAGAAGAACUGAAAAGUUUGGAUAGAAACAUCGAGAGUUGUCUUGCAAAUAUAUCCAAGAUGACAUCGCCGCAAGAGAGUAAUGAUGUGGAUUUGUCGACUACGGAGAAAUCAAACAAUGAAUAGGGAAAUAGGAAUUUGUCUACACCAGA